GUCUUCCUCCUGUGCAACCCACAAGAGACAGUCGUGAGUUACUCAGGGACGAGUGAAUCAAGGAAUAUGUGCCUACAGUGCAUGAGCAUUAAGAUCAACACUGUUGUGCAUUUGGAUUAAUGAGUACAUUAGAUUCAUUCAACUGGAGCUUCCAUUUAUCUCAGUAGAGACUGGAACACUUUUGUCAAAGUUAAACCAUGUAUUGCAACGCAACUGAAAGAGAGUGUCAUAUGACUACCAUGUCCUGCAUGAACUAUAAAGCGUGUUAUUCUUUCCUUUCUUAUUUUCCUGUUGCUUACAGAAAGAAAAAAAACAGUUGUCAAGUCUAAACUUGAGGGUUCUCAUUUUAUUGUUGAAAUAACUGUGGGUUUAUCGGAAAUUCAAGUUGAUUUGAUCCUUUUACUUUUUGAUAGGUACUUUUAAGACAGAAAAAUGGGGAUUGUGUAGCAAAAAAACACUUAAUAAAUAAGUUAAUCAUACUUGAGAUUCUCACCCCAGCUUUCUGUCCUCCGUCUUUACCUUUUAGCAUGAAUAUCACUUUUAUCACCGUUUAUCACACUGCUUUACACAAAAGAAAGAAACAAACCCAUGUGUUGUGUGUUGUAGUGGAGCUGGAUGCAGAGCACCCACAGAGAGUCCCUGGGGCAGAGCAGGGAGUGGUCCCACCUCCACAGGUCAAGCUGAAAGAGAGGCAGAAGUUCUUCGAGGAGGCUUUUCAGCAAGACAUGGAACAGUACUUGUCCACCGGCUACCUGCAGAUUGCUGAGAGGAGAGAGCCGUUAGGAAGCAUGUCGUCCAUGGAGGUGAACGUGGACAUGCUGGAGCAGAUGGACUUAAUGGACAUGUCUGACCACGAGGCCCUGGAUGUGUUUCUUCACUCGGGGGGAGAGGACAACAGCGCCGCUUCACCGGUCACAGGGCCAGAUGUGGAGUCUUUCACCACAGAGAUCACUCUCCAGGUUCCCACGCAGGCCGAGCUUCGCCACAAGCUUUCUUCCCUUUCGUCCACCUGCACCGACUCGGCCAGCCAGGACACGGAGGCCGGGGAGGAAGAGGAGGAGGAGGAUGAGGAGGAGCAGUCUGAACAGGGAGGUGAUGGCGUUGGAGGACCAAGGCGAGGAGGACGAAGGAGAGGGCCACCGGUGGUCGUGACCCUGGAUGAGGAGGAGGUGCACGCAGACACGGCGUUGGUGGACAGGGUGGACCAUGAGGACCAGGCGAGCACAGACUGUGAGGAGAGCAGGUUGAAGGUUUGAGAAGAGAACUGCGCUGGAUUUUUAACACAAACACAAUCAAAGCUGCCAAAUCAGAUAGAUAUAUAACAACACUGGCUUUACUUUCUCUCCAAUCGACGCAUCCCUUUUAUAUAAAUCAUAUGAAAGAAAUACGAGGAGGCUGCACUAACUGCCACAUGACGUUGACUUGUAAGACUCCAGAGUUUUUCAAAUUCUAAUUGAAUCUUGGGUAAGACUUUACAGUACAGUCACAAUAAGGUAUUGCUGUGGUGAUCAUUUUGUAAUAAGGAAGUUAUAUUAUGGUAAAACAGUCGUCUAUAGUAAGUAAUAAAAAUGCAAAAUGUGUGCGGGACAUAAAGGAGGAUGGAUUUCAACUUUGAUUCACAAACAUUUCCAUGUGUCCUGCAGAAGUCGUCAUACAUGCUACUAUCGAAACAUUUCUUUGGUUAAUGUUCUCUGCUUAUUCCCACACUUUAAAAAUGCAUCAGAAUAAAGUGGUGUGAUCAUAAUGUCACCUCCUGAUUACAAAAUGAUCGCUAUGCUGUUACUGAACAGUCGUUUUAAAAUGGUUUGGGUUUUAAGCGUCAGACGACUGAGCGGCUUCACGUGCACAUGGGUAGUUUGGCAUUAGAGAAUCAGAGAACGGUCCGAUUAUACUAAAGAAUAAAUAUAGGUGAUUGGGAUCAUCCACACGUCCUCGCUCUGUGCCAAUACGUCAGCAGAGUUCUUUUUGUUUGGGAUUAUUUACAUUAUUGCCACCUCAGUGGCACCAGGUUUUGACGCAUCCAUCACGUGUCAUUUUCUUCCCAAAAAACAACGCUCUGUUUAUGCCAAAUAAGGCACAGUUGUGAUAUUUAAAAGCUGGGUUUUAUAACUGUAACUGCUGAACAGCUGGCACCAAACACAUGGGUAUUUGUACUUUCUAUGACCUUACGGACAAACUGAAUCCCCAAAGCUCGUUUCAUUGACCCUCAUAAGUGGUUCAUGAGCAAGAUUCAACAUUUUAAAUGUGCACAACCAAUUCGAUCAUAUAUUUGUGCCACUGGUGUUGAUAAAUACGGCACGCAGUCACCUGACAGUGGCUUGCGUGCCACGCAGUGAAACUCUAUCCCGAUCUAUUGUGCAGCAUCACUCAUUCCCUGCCCAUAAUUUCUGACCUAUUGGUAAUAAAUGUGUCUCAUGUGG